CUCUUGUCACCCGCUAUGGUCCGCACCAAGAACACCGCCAAGAAAUCCACUGGCGGCUCAGCCCCACGCGUCCUCCUCAACAUCUCAAGCACCCGGACUUCUGGAGUGGAUAGCCGGAGAAGGAAGGCUUUGACCGCCUCCAAGGUCAAGCCUGUGGGAGGUGGGGACAUUGAGAAGAGAGAUGCUCAUUAUAAGGCUUUGACCGCUGCCAAGGCCACCUUGCCUAUGGGAGGUGGGGACUUGGCAAAUACAAGUGUUCACAAUGAGUAUUGCAUAGUCUGCAGGGAUGGUGCAGGGCGCUAUGAAGAGAAUACUCUCUUCAUGUGCACUCUGUGUCCCAGAGUUGUGUGCAGGCUCUGCCUGCAGCUGCCGCCUGACUUAGAGACCACAGUCCUGCAGGACAACAUCUCUUUCCGGUGCAUUUGUUGCCACAUCAAGAUGGAACAAGGCGGCGCCUACUUUGGUUUCUAUAACGCCAACCACCUUCCGGUCUUGGACAGGUUCUUACCCAUCAAUGGCGCGCUUGAGGUGUCUGAGCGAGCCGAAAUUUCGGCGGCCACAGUCAUUUUCAUUCACCUCAUCCUCGUCGACUUCACAUUGGCUGGUAGCCCUAUGGAGUUUGCUCAUUCCUUCCUCAAGCCCUACUAUACUGGCGACCGCAUCCAGUAUCUCAACGUCUACUAUGACAUUGGCACUGAUGCCAAGCUUCCCACCUACCGCAACAACAUCCAGAAGAUAAUGAAAGGUUUGAAGAAGUCCUUUGUCUGGGAGCGUGUUGUGAUUGGCAUCUCUACUCACACUGAUGAGGAUUUUGGAGACCCUUUUACUGGGUAUGAGGAUGAUGCCUCAGAGGGCUAUAUCAGCACUCCGGUCAAUGAUUUCUUGGAAAUAAUUCUCCAACCCUGGCAAACUCUCAUUGAUGCCGCCCAGGAAUCCUACCUCUGGAUGUUCUGUUGUGGCCACCUUGUCACCAACUUGGACUCAUUCCAUGGCUUGCAAGAGGCUGUUGUCCGACACAAAUUAACCGGUACCAUCGCAUUCAAUGCUCCUCGGUUUCAGCCCUCUUUCGCCUCGCACUUGCUCAUUGCGUUCACAGAGAGGGUUCUCAUUGGACGUUGCCCACUUCGUUUAGCAUUCAAGGAUAUGCUCGCACAAGCCUGUGACCUUGGUCGCCACUCUGACAUUUAUCUGCUGACACCUGUCAAGGAGGGCGCCCUCACUUGCUCUAGGUUUGCAUGGGCUAAUGUGGAGUUCCGUCCUUGGGGCUACCGCCUGCCUAUCCAAUGCAGUGGGUGUGGUUGGGCUAAUUCUUGGAGGUCCGCCUAUGUCAAAGGCAGCAAGGACAAGGCUUAUAUUUUUGAGUGCAAAAAUGACUCUUGCAAUGCUGUUUUGGAUGAGCACAAGAUUUCCUAUGUCUCAGCUAGAGGAAACCCUGCUGAGAGGGCAAAAAUCCUCAAAAGCAUCAAAGAUGCCAUACUUGAAAGUGACCAGGCCAAGGAUGCUUCGACUAUGCUUCCAGGCAAUAACAUUCGGAAGGCUAUCCGUACAUAUUACUUGCGUUUUCUGGAGGAUGACGAGGACCGCGAUCUCGAGCAAAAAAUCAUCGAGGGAGCUCAUAAACUCACAUCUGGUGCAGGCAUCAUCACUGUAGAUAUGGUCAAAGGCCGUCAGGAUGACAAGCCUCUGGAUGCUGCAGCAUUCAAGACCGAAUUCUCUCCUUUUGAUGUCGCUCAGAAGUUGUUCAAAGAAGAAAUUGGGGAGUAUGACAAGAAGCACCGUGACACCUCUGACCUAAGGUCCAUGGGGACAAGGACAAAGCUGGUCCGGUCCUGGUACAAUGCCCUGUCACCAGAUGUACAUGAGGAGCUCAGACUUGUGGCAGAAAAGUGGAACCAGGAAGGUGCUCUUUCCGACGCCAAGGACAGAUACCGCAGCCGACACCAGAAGAAAAUCAUGGAGGACUUCAUAAAGAUGGCAGGAAGAACCAUGGGUUUACAUGUUGUGAUGCUCGUAGCUCAUGAUCGAGGGGAGGGGAAAAUGCCUGGAACAACCAUUUGGGAAUCCUGUCCCAGGAAGGCGAAGAAAACUUUUACUCUGGCUACCAAAGACAACAAGAAAUGGGCUGGAGAGUCCCAAGACCGACUUGCUGACUGGCUGAAUGAAGCCGAGUAUACAACAGGCUUAGACGCUGAGGACCAAUCUGACGAGGAAGAUGAGAAGUUGCCCGAUUUAACAGUGGAGGUAGACGAUGAGGGCUAUCCUUGCCUACCGACAGGCUUUGAAUCUCUCAUGCUCAAGAACCAGCAGAAGGUCGUACGAAAGGUAUUUCAAAAGGCUUAUGCGGUCAUCUCAAACAACCCUAGGGCUGCAGUCCCCUGGGGUCAUAUUACCCAAGAUCCAGACCAUUACCUUGACAUGGACUGUAUCCCUCGAAAUGUCGUCAUCAAGGAUCCUUCUCACCUGCAGAAGGAAGCCAUCAGUAUGAUUUUUUCACUUUGGAAAUAUCGUGCUAACCAUAAUGAACCAAUUGUCCGGUUCGUUGGGUAUAAGGAAGGCGACUUCUAUGAUUCACUGGCUAAGAAGGGGGAUGUAAGUAAAAAAUCAAGGAAGAACCCAAAAUAUGUCGAAGUAUCAUCAGAUGAGGACGAGGUACUGAAGAAGGCCCCCCAAGCCAAUGGUUCUUCUGACGAAGAGGAUGACUUGGAAAGCCACACCCCAUCUCUUUCCGAUUCCUGCCCGAAAUUCCAUAUGGGUGGUGACACAGUCGGUUAUCUUCAAUCCCUCUCUACCCUCCCAUCAUAUUCUCGUCUGUUGGCCACAGUUCAAAAACUCUCCAAGACACAAACUCCUGAUCCUAAGGGCAAGGCUAGGAAGCAACAUCUGCCUGUCUGGGCAUCUUGGACUUGGUCUGAGGCAUAUCUACCUCAAAAUAUGCACAGUGAUAUUCAGGCUUCCUCUGUCGCUUUGGAGGAACUAGGCAACUAUGUCAUCAAAUCUCGUGGUUUGGGUAUGAUUGUUGUCCUGGGCCUUGGACUCCUCAUUCGUGAGUGUUGCCGCGCUCAGGAGUAUGAAGCAGAUGAGGCUGGAGAUGAUGUGCCUCAAUAUUUGGGCGACUCCAUCCUUGGCUUCGAGGUGGGGGACAAGGUUGAAGAGGCCAUUAUCAGAAUCCAGGUGAAGGUGGACGCAAUGCUGCCAGAUGGUAAUGAGAAGCAGAUGACAGUGGGGGAAGAAGUUCACAUGAGGCGUCUGGAGAACAAAAGGCAGGUGAAAGAGAGGAGGGAGGCAGAGCAGGCAAAGGUGGCUGAGGAAAAGAGGGUGGCUGAGGAGAAGAGGGUGGCUGAGGAGAAGAGGGUGGCUGAUCAGAGGGCUGCCACAUCAAAGAAGGCAAGCAGUACUAACACUGGAGGAAAAGGGAAGGGUAAACGCCCAGCAACAGAUGUGGAUGAUUCAGUCAUGAAAAAGGUGAAGACAUCUGCUCCUCCUGAUCCUCCUCGUCGCUCUACCAGAGACAGAGCAGCUUCAAAGAAGUUUAAGAACUUAGAAUCCCCUUCUUGCAGAUGCAUAAAUGGAAUGACCGACCCACUGAUACCUUAUUGGACUAUUGGCCAGCCAGUCUGUGCAGCAUGUAGGCCAUGGCCGGCCGACCUACUGGUAUUAUAUUGGCCUAGUGGGCCAGCUGCCCUAUACGGGAUGUAG